UUGUGGUUCUGUUAACCUCCCAUACCGCUCCCCGUUUAAAAUGCUUAAAAAAUAACCCCAGUAAAAUCUCCAAUGUAACGCCGAAAAUGUAGCCUAUGCUAGAAUUCAGUUUGAGGGUAGUUAAUAAUAAUCGUUGUUUGAGCAAACCACCAUGAACAUCUAAUUUUUGCAAUUUGUUUCUCAAUGUUCACCAAAAAGAGCCGUCUAAAAAGAGCCGUUUGUUCGCGAAUGACCAACCACUAUACUGGAAUAGUUACUGAAGAGGUGUAAGCAAAUAUUUGGAAUUGCAUACCAAAAAAACUGCAUGACCCUGCUGCUAGUAGGCCUAUGUUUUUGAUUGUAAUUUGGGUUUGUGGAACGCUACGCAGGUAGGCCUACUAUCAAAGUAAAGCUUGUGUUUGGAAGUUCCACGUAAAUUAUGUAUGUUGCUGUACGCGACUAUUUUAAGUGGGACACUAUUAUUAACCUACGGCAUGAAUCACGUGUGAGCUGAUGUACCCCAAAACUUAAUUAACAAUGUUCUUGUUUGAAAUAUAACAAUAUUUAGGUCCAGUUAAACAUUGUGUCGUUACAUUGCAAUAUAUUUUACGUUUGGAUAAUGAGUAUCAUGUAACAGUUUAUUUAGCUGUAUAUGUCGAUUUGAAGUUUUGCGAGGAAGUUUUAGGUAGUCAAGUUUCCUUUGCGUUACUUUUGUGAUCUUGACAAAUCAAUCACCUGGCAGCUGUGGGGCUAGAUUAGGUUUUCCGCUCAACUGGGCUAUUUUUUUAAUGACUGUGUGCUUAUAAAUGGGCGUGGGUGGAGUUAGAGUUUUUGGAUUAGGUUUUGAUUGUGCAGGGACUGUCAUUCACAUCUGGCAACUGUGGCUGGCAUGAACGUCUUCAUUCUUUAGCAGUGAGAAAAUGUGUAGGCCUAUCAUAUGUCUGUAGUCUAUAUUGGAGUUUUGAUUGUGUAAUGACUUAAGUGGUCUACUCAGUUUUAUAGAAGCAUUAGGUGCUUGCAUACAGCCAUUGUUGCCAGUUGUUACAACAAUUGGGUUAAUAAGAACUACUACUGCGGUAAAUGUAACAUUGGCUAUGGUACUAAAAUGGGUUUUCCUAAUAAACUGAGAACAUAGAUUCUUUAAUCAUGAUGAGUCUAUUUCUAUAGUCAAAUAGUGUCUAUUUCUGUUUUUCUUAAUGUUAAUAAAAUCCCUUACUAAAAAUGGAAAAUAAAAUUAUUUUAAAGAACAGAAAGACCACACAAAAAUGAUGCCCCCCCACAAGACUCCCAAUCCCUCCCUACCCUAUUCUGAUGAAAGAGCAAGUGCACAAAACCCCCAGACCAUAUUUGAAAAGCACAUAUAGUGUCAGGUACUUAAACCAAGUGUGAGAAAGACCCUGCAGAAAGUUAUGGUGUUAUCCGCUGCCCAGUCCCCUGCUGCAGGUGUUACAACAGAUUGUAACUACAGAACCACCCUAAGAUGGGACCUGACCCCAAAUCAGAUCAAGAAUAUGACAGAGAGCCUGAUCCAGACAAUCAGAAAGGUCUACAACAAUAUUGGAUCUCUGGAUGUAGAACAGGUGUCCAUUGACAACACCUUAAAAGCCCUAGCCAAUGCCAAAUUAAAAUAUGCAGCACAGCGCCAUGUUCUGGAUUUCCCUCAGUAUGUGUCUACUUCUAAAGAGGUACGCAUGGCAAGCACUAAAGCAGACAAGAAGCUGUCUGACUUUGAUGUGGAGACAAGUAUGAGGGAAGAUGUGUUUCAGAGAGUGAUUGCCCUUCAGGAGAAGCAGCUGGACAAUCUAACAUAUGAAGCCAAGAGAUUCUUAGAGCGUUUUAUCACAUUAGGGAAGAGGAAUGGAUUGCACUUGUCAUUGGAUAUACAGGAGGAAGUCAAAAAUGUGUCAAAACUCAUCAGUGACCUCUCAAUCAACUUCAACCAAAAUAUGAAUGAGGAAAACACAUACCUAACAUUCACUGAAAAGGAAUUAAGUGGGCUAGCUGAUAGCUAUCUGAAUGGGCUUGAGAAGACAGCAGACGGGCAGUACAAGGUGACCCUGGCAUACCCUCACUAUUACCCUCUAAUGAAGAGGUGUCACGUGGCGGAGACCAGGAGGAAGACGGAGACUGCUUUCCACAGCAGGUGCAAGGAGGAAAACACAGUCAUUCUGGAACGGCUGAUUGAGUUGAGAUCAAAGAUGGCACAGCUGCUGGGUUUUAGUAAUCACGCCAACUAUGUGCUUGAGAUGAACAUGGCCAAGAAUACCAACAACGUGGCAUGCUUUCUAGAUCAGUUCUAUGAGAAACUGAAGCCAGUGGGUGUAAAGGAAAGGAACUACAUCCUCGCCCUGAAGAAGAGAGACUGUGCUAUUCAAGGCAGAGCCUUUGAUGGACAGAUCAAUGCAUGGGACUUGCCCUACUAUAUGAACCAAGUGGAGCAGGUGAAGUUUGCUGUGGAUAAGGACAAGCUGAUUGAGUACUUCCCUGUGAAAGUGGUGACAGAGGGGUUGCUUAGUAUCUACCAGGACCUGUUGGGCCUUACCUUUAAGCAUGUUAACAACGCCCAUGUGUGGCAUGACAACGUCAGCCUCUACUCCGUACUGGAUACAACCACUGGGGAGGAGAUCGGCCAGUUCUACUUGGACCUGCAUCCCAGAGAGGGAAAAUAUGGUCAUGCUGCCUGCUUCGGGCUCCAGCCAGGCUGCCUGGGGCCUGAUGGGAAACGUAUGAUGCCAGUGGCGGCCUUGGUGGCCAACUUCACCAGUCCUACAAAAGGCUGGCCCUCUCUGCUGCAGCACCACGAGGUGGAGACCUUCUUCCACGAGUUUGGCCAUGUUAUGCACGAGCUCUGUUCCAGGACAACAUUCUCAGAGUUCAGUGGGACCAUGGUGGAAACAGAUUUUGUGGAAGUGCCAUCCCAGAUGCUGGAGAACUGGGUAUGGGAGAAGGAACCCCUGAAAAGGAUGUCUUGUCACUAUAAAGAUGGCAGCCCCAUUCCCGAUAACCUGCUCAACAAACUAAUUGCCUCUAGAGUCGCCAACACAGGUCUGUUGAACCUGCGUCAGGUAGUUCUCAGUAAAGUGGACCAGUCUCUGCACACGCAGUCCCAAGCCGACACUGCCGCAGUGUUUGCCAAGCACUGCCAAGACAUCCUGGGGAUUCCCGCUACUCCAGGCACUAAUAUGACAGCUAGUUUCAGUCACUUGGUGGGUGGCUACGAUGGACAAUACUACAGCUAUCUAUGGAGUGAGGUGUACUCCUUGGACAUUUUCUUCAAUUGUUUCAAAAAAGAAGGAAUUAUGAACCCUAAGGUGGGGAAGGAGUAUAGGAGAGUGAUUUUGGAGGCUGGUGGUUCUGUGGAUGGGAGGGACAUGCUUAAGACCUUUCUUGCUCGUGAACCUUGCCAAGACGCUUUCUUUCAGUGCAAGGGAUUGGCCAAAGCUGAAACCUAAAAUGGCCAUCACUGACCCUCUCCCCACUGCACAUGUUAUAUUGUAUUUGUUUUGAGUCAAUGUUGAAUUGUGUUCAGCGGUUAAGUGUUAGUAGUACAGUGAACGUGUUAGAUUUUUUGAAAUAGCUUGUAUUUGUGUGAUAAAUGUUGUGAGGCCUUAUUAUUUAAUGAAUACAUAGUUGCAUAUACCUUUAUGAUAGUCCAGAGGUAGAUACAAUCCUGGUCUGGGGUAACUGACCAUUGGUUUCCCUCUAUGGCUAGGUAGGUGAUACAUAGUCGUCGCCCCCCCCCCCCUUUUUUUUCUAAUGACACUGUCAACUAUCAGUUCCUACCCUCCACUUUCUUAGGCUUUUCUCUAUACAGCAUGGCACCUGGCUCAGUGAUAUCCUCACAUGGUCUCUCCCAUCAUGCAAAUGCAGAUGAUACUCAACAAUGUUUAUACAUCCCCCUACCUGACACCCAGGUCAUGACUAUACGUUUUUCUUGAGUGUCAACUCACCACCUGAAGAUCAACCAUCAGAAAAUGCACUGCCCUUCUUGCAGAGGAAGGCUUGUCCAAUAAUACCUCUCAGUCAUAGUAGAAAACCCCAUGAUGCCCCUCUUCCAGAGUGCAAAGAACCUAGACAACAACCUGUUGUUCUCUGCAAAAGUCAACAACAACAUAAAAUCACCAGUUUAUCUUCACAAAGGAGAAACUUUUACAGGGACGUUUUUUCCAACAAGGGAUGAAUAAUCAGCUCUUUCCCAUUGUCUUAUGUGGUUCCACAAAGUUUAUAAGAGCAAAUAAACGCUUAUUGUUCUGAA